GGAGUCGCACUACUCGCAAACUGUCUCGUUUCCCAGGAAUUGCAUUUGCACUUGGUGAAAAACAAGGGAGUGAACAAACCAGUAUCUUCAGGAGACAUAAGAUGGAGUGGUACAUGCUGGUGUUGGUGCUCAGUUUGCCCUCUCUAUCCUGGGCUGAUUGCUCUGAACAGUGUCUAAGAUGUGCCCUGCACAUCUCUGACUCACCGCUCAACCUACUGACCUGUACGUUAGAGUGUGAAGGUGCGCUUACAUCUAGCAGCGAGCUGGAUCGGUGCGAGAAGAUUUUAUGGGAACGACCUGAGGACGACCCGCAGGAGCCGACGACGUCGAACCCGGUCAAGCGUUAUGGCGGAUUCAUCAAAAGGAUUGAGAAAAACAGAAAGACCCUGCUCACUUCGCCCUGGAGGGGGAACGCUAUAGAAAAAGGGUCGCUGGCAAAGAAAUACGGUGACUCCAUGUUAAAACUGAUCGAGAGAAAUGCACCCGAGCUGACCGAGGACGUCGAAGGGGAAGACGUUACCUCCGAGAACGAAAUGGGACUUUACGACAGUACGUUUCCUCUGAAUGAGGUGAAACGUUAUGGUGGCUUCCGGAGAAAGUUCGUUCCCAAAAGAAGCGAGUCUGAAGAAGAACCCGGCCAACAGGAGCUGCAGAAGAGAUACGGAGGCUUCAUGAGAAGAAUCCGUCCUAAAUUAAAUUGGGACAACCAAAAGAGAUACGGCAGCUUUUUACGGCGCCAUUUUAAAAUUUCCGUGCGAUCCGACGAGGAGCCUUCAUCAUACAACGAAUUUGGUCUUUAGGGUGUUUUGUAUUUAAAAAAAAGAAAAGAAAAGUAGCUGAACUUAUACAGGCUCAUGAAGUCUCACGACUUACUGUUGUACUAGCCAAAAAAUAUGCUGCUAAAGGUUUGGACCCCGUAUCCACUGUACCACCUGCUCUUUACGGCCUUCAUGUAUUAAAAUGACUCCGCCAUUUUUGCUGUUAGAUGUAAACAAAUACGAUGCGUGCUGUAUUUUAAUGCUUGUUUUGAAAUGACAAUAAAGGCCGAGACCUUGA